AUGAUGUAUCUGCGCUUAUACCAAGUCUUUCAUCGCCGUCACCAACGAAUGUUCCGCAUGGUUUUGUUGCUGCAAGUGCAUCGCCUUCUUCGACGCGCCUGCGAGCUUCGCACGUUGAUCGAAACUCCGACCGAGCGCGGUCCUUACAACAAUGUCCCCAAGACUCAAGACAGUCUAGCUCUCCUGCUCACACAGCCAAACGACCGAUGGUUCGAGAGCAAGCUGCGCAUGUCUAAGACAUGUUUCGAGUACUUAGUGCAACUGCUUUCCUCCAACCCGGUGUUCGCGCCGCAACCCACCGGUCGACCGCAACGUCCGGUACGCGAGCAGAUCGCGGUGUUUCUGGCGUACAUGGGGGACCCCACCAGCAAACUCGGAUCAGCUGUUCACACCGGCAUAGGCGAAGGAUCCGUGUACCAGUACAUCGAUCGCGUGUCAGAUGCACUCUACCAUCAUCUCCCCCAGGUGAUACGUUGGCCUACGGGUGCGGAAGCAGCACGAGUCUCGGAGGCACUGGAAGUUGACAAGUGUAUAGGGGUGAUCGACGGGACUCUGCUUCCAUUAGCUACAGCCCCUUUUGCAAAGGAUCGAAUGACGUUCUACAAUGGGCGCAAGAAGAUGUACUGCGUAAGCAUUCGUCCUGCUCAGCGCUCCACUGCUCUCAUCCGCGUUUGAAGCGUCGCUGAUCACGUCUCGUCAAUAAUGGUGGCGCGUCCUCUUCUCAGCUGAACAUGCAGGCAACUGUCGACGACAAGAGGCGUUUCACUUCAGUUGAUGGCGGCUUUCCCGGCAUCCGACACGACAAUGAAAUGUUCCGGCAGUCACAGAUUUGGCGAAGGCGCGAUGUGUACUUCCGUGGCCGCAAGUUCUUGCUCGGCGAUAAAGGUGCGUCGGAGCCGAGUCGAUCGGCGAUCGCACGACGAAUUGGACUACUACUGAACAAGCUAGGUUCCGUGCUGUUGCGCGAUUUCGUAUCAAUAGGCUAUGCACAAUCCGCGGUCCUCAUCAGAUCGUUCAAUCAGACCGAAAUGAAUGCGAUGAGCCCACUUGAACAACGCCGCGCCAAUAGCUUCAACAAGAAGUUCGCCUCGAAGCGUAUCGUGGUCGAGCACGCUUUUGGCGAUAUCAAGGACAAGUUUCGAUGGCUUAAACUCUUGGCGGGCAUCUAUCACACGCCUAUGUGGAAGUAUGUUAGUGCUCUUAUGGUACUUCACAACCUUCUGAUAGAUUGGAACGACUCCGAGGGAGCCAUGGCAGAAUGGAUAGAGAGAGGACGUCAUGGCGAGCCUCCAUUAAUUCGACCCUCAACUCCGGAGGACGUGGAGUUUCUCCGAGCUCGAGAUCAACAACAAUUAGGUCCGAUGGCACCGCGCCCAAAUGAUGCCGCGAUUGGCAAGACGACACGCAACCGAGUCAAAUACGCGUUUCAACAGGCGGGGUAG